AUUUUUUUCAUAUUAUUUUUAGAUAUUUUAAAAAGUCUAAAAAAAAAUUGAACCAUGAAAUUAACAGACGGUGUUGUGCGAGCUUUCAAACCAGCAAAAAUAUUCCGUGAUAAUUCCGAUAAGAUCAAUCACAUAGAUUACACAUCAAAUGGGGACACUCUGAUUACAAGUAGCGCUGAUGAUUCUAUUGUCAUUUACGAUUGCUUUGAUGGAAAACAACGAAAAACUGCGAAUAGUAAAAAAUAUGGUGUAGCUUUUAUUCAAUUCACACAUGCUAACAACACAGUGAUACACACUUCAACUAAAGUAGACGAUACCAUACGCUACUUGUCUUUACACGAUAAUAAAUAUGUGAGGUAUUUUACUGGACAUACAAAAAGCGUUGUGGCACUCCAUAUGUCUCCAGUGGAUGAUGCAUUCAUAUCAGGUUCUUUAGAUAGGACCAUUCGUUUGUGGGAUUUACGUUCCAAUAAUUGCCAGGGUUUGAUGCACGUGUCAGGUCGUCCCGUAUGUUCAUUUGAUCCGGAAGGGUUGAUAUUUGCGGCCGGUGUAGAUUCCGAGAUCAUCCGACUUUACGACUUACGCACGUUUGAUAAGGGUCCUUUUGCGACAUUCAAUUUACCGCAGUCAGAAACUGGCGUUGAACUUUCUGGCAUCAAGUUUAGUAAUGAUGGAAAGAAAUUUAUAGUUCCGACUACCAAAGGAGAAGUCCAUUUGUUAGAUGCUUUUCAAGGAAAUCUAUUGCACACGUUCACGGGACUGGCUCCAGGUAAAAAUGGGGAUAUUUAUUUAGAAGCCUCAUUUACUCCAGAUUCCCAAUACGUUUUGUCAGGUACUACUGAUGGCAAAGUUCAUGUCUGGUCAGCAGAUAGCGGAAAGCGAAUUGCAAUAUUAGACGGUAUGCAUCCCGGACCGUGUCGGAAUGUACGCUUCAAUCCAAAGUAUAUGAUGUUUGCUACUGGAUGUACAAACUUGGCAUUUUGGAUUCCUGAUCUAAACGACGUUGAAAAAUAAAAAAUAAAAGUUUUAAUGGCGAGAAUCGUUUGGAGAGAACGGUGGAACCAACAUUGCGUUAACUUGAUAAAUAAUGUUGCCACGGCAAUUGAACUCGAUUGCUGUUGAUGUUACAUAAAUUGGUGAACAUUUCGGGAUAUGGAGACAAAGUACAAACAUGGGACACAAUAUGGCAUCGUAGAGUCAUAUAUAUACAGUCAUUUCACGCACUGUUUUUUCUAACAAAAUGUAGUUUUUAUAUAUAUAUUUUAAAGAGAAAUAUACAAAUAUCUUAUUUA